GAGAGAGAGAGCGGACUGACAGGGAGGGUGCGUUUCAGUGUGGCUGAGACACAGAGAGGAGGAGGAGGAGGGGUGUAGACAGAGAGACGGUGGAGAGAGAGAGAGAGAGAGCGAAAGCGAGAACUCCACAGCGUCUCAGAUCUUGGCUGUGGGAAGGACACCCAGGAGAAGUGCAUUCCUGAGGCAGCAAUCGGGAGCGGGGACGCGUCGCGACAUCCUCUCCGACCACGUCUGGCUGCCUCCGACCUCUGCCGGACUCUUCACACACACACACACACAUACAUGCACGGCCGCUGCCUCACACACACACACACACACACACACACACACCAGCGGCACAACCGGCUCGGCCGCUCUGCGAGAAGUGGAGGAUUUCCCUGACAGACGCGGGGGAAGACGAGAGGAAAUUAAACGCGGAGGAGCUCGUCUCAGCCGGAGCUGAGUCAGUGCCAUGCAGCGUUGACCUGAGUCAAGCCAGGCUGAAGUGAUUCGCUUUGAAGACCAUCUUACCCAUUCACUCUGCCCGGUCCCAGAUGGAGCUCAAAGUGUGGGUGGACGGGGUGGUGCGGGUGGUGUGCGGCCUGUCUGAGGAGACGUCCUGCCAGGAUGUGGUCAUAGCUCUGGCGCAGGCCAUCGGUCAGACAGGCCGUUAUGUUCUGAUCCAGCGUCUUAGGGACACAGAGAGGCAGCUGCUGGCCACAGAGAAGCCUCUGGAGUCUCUGGCUAAGUUAGGCCAACAUGGAGGUGAAGUUCAGUUCUUCCUCCGCCGCACUGGCCCGAGCAGCAGCGACGGACCUGGCUCAAAACCGGACAGAUCGACCCCCCCACCUUUGCCAAAGCAUCCUGAGCCCGGGCCUUUAAAAUGCAAGCCUAAGAAGGCGCUCACCUUUAACCUGGGACCAUCCACCUCCCCUAGAACCAAAGUUAAACAGUUUAAUAGGUCUCCUCUGGACUCCUCAGACCUGAGAGUCUCCCCCUCCUCCUCCCCUAGCCCUGUUUCACCUCAUGCGUCACCCUUCUCUCCCUCCCCAUCCAUGGGCCCAUCCAAAGAAGAGGUCUUUCGGAAGGUCCUUCAACAACAGGAGAAGCUAAGCUCCAUGGAGGCCCAGUUGGAAACCCUUGAGAAGGAGUCGAGGACCUGGGAGCGCUCCUACCCAUCUCCCUGUCCCUCGCCAGUCUCCGAUGCCCGUUUGCAGGAAGAGAUGGGCGCCCUGGAGCAGGCAAUUUGGAGGAACCAGGCGGAGCUCGCCCACGAGCAGCACUGGGAGAGCGAGCUUCAAGCCGAGGCGGAGAGCGAGCGCGCCAUGAGGAGGAAGCUGGGGGAGCUGCACGCGAAGCUGGACGAGUGCGGGCGGCGGCUCCACGAGUUCUCGGUGCGCUCCGCCCAGCUGGAGCAGGAGAUCCAGCGGGAGAGCCAGGCGGAGGUGAAGGCCGGCAAGCCCGAGGAGCCCCUCGAGGCGGUGAAGGCGCAGCUCCAGAGCCAGGAGAGACAGGGGACCGAGCUGGAGCAGCAGCUGUCAGAGACGGUGGCGGCUCUGGGGAAGGCAGAGUCUCUGCUGAAGGACCAACAGGACAUGAUGGAGGAGCUGAAUAAGGAGCUGAGGCAGUGCAACCUGCAGCAGUUCAUCCAGCAGACGGGGGUCCUGCCGGCACACACCCACUCACGCACCGAGCUUCAGGAGCAACUGGAGCAGUUAGAUCUAACACACCUGCUGCAAGAUGGAUACAAGAACGGAAGUCGCAGCGUGACUCCAGUGGAAUCGCCCCCUCGGCCGACUGCCAAACAGUUCCUGGGGCAUCCGCGCAACCUGCAAAACCCUCUAGUGUCCAGUCUCAACCCCGAGGUCCUGACAUCCCGAGAAUCAUCAUGAAGUUAAAACACGGACCACAGGCCAAAGGACACUUGUUCACUGUUCUGUCACACUCGCUUCUUAUUUAACCCCUUUGUUUGUAACUGUUAUUAUUCAAUCUGCAAUUAUAUACUUGUAUAUACAUGAGACAAAUAUAUUUACAGAGUUUUGCUACUGUAAACACUGCAAAUAUCUGUAUGAAAUGUAAAAUAACUUAGGAGCCUUUUACUUAGAGAAUUAUGUAUUUAAGUAUAAUAAAACUGUGUAUUGUCUUUUAGCUAA